GGAGGCGCGGCGGGGGCCGCUCUGUCCGGCGGACUCGGUGGCGCGGAGUCCCGGAAGCGGCGUUCCCCGGAAUGGCGGAGAGCCCGGCGGCGGAGGAGGCGGCCCCGGCGGUGCUGGCGGCGGGGGGGGGCGGCGGCAGCGCCUCGGCCGGCCCGCCCGGCGGCGCGGGGAGCCCCGGGGUCUUCAUCCCCGCCGAGCUGUGGGCGGCAGCGGGUUUCGGCGCUGCCGGCCCGGGGAGCGGGGUCCCCCCGGGGGGCGGCGGGGCCCCCAUCGCGGCGGCGGCGGCGGCGGCGGGGGCCGCGCUCCUCACGCACUCGGCUUUCUGGGACCCCACGCUGAGCGGGGACUGGGACAGCGAGCGGCCCAGCCCGGCCUGUCUCCUGCGGAUCAAACGGGACAUCAUGUCCAUUUACAAGGAGCCACCCCCGGGAAUGUUUGUUGUGCCUGAUCCCCACGACAUGACCAAGAUUCAUGCCUUGAUCACAGGCCCCUUUGACACGCCUUAUGAAGGGGGUUUCUUCUUGUUCCUGUUUCGCUGUCCUCCAGAUUAUCCCAUCCACCCACCCCGGGUCAAACUGAUGACAACAGGCAAUAACACAGUGAGGUUUAACCCCAACUUCUACCGCAAUGGGAAAGUCUGCCUGAGUAUCCUGGGCACCUGGACCGGGCCAGCGUGGAGCCCAGCACAGAGUAUCUCUUCAGUCCUCAUCUCCAUCCAGUCUCUGAUGACUGAGAACCCUUAUCACAACGAGCCAGGCUUUGAGCAGGAGAGGCACCCAGGGGACAGCAAGAACUACAACGAGUGCAUUCGGCACGAGACCAUCCGGGUGGCAGUGUGUGACAUGCUGGAGGGAAAGUGUCCCUGUCCUGAGCCACUGAGGGGCGUGAUGGAAAAAUCCUUCAUGGAAUACUAUGACUUCUAUGAAGGGGUGUGUAAAGAGAGGCUGUAUCUCCAGGGCCAGACAAUGCAGGAUCCUUUUGGUGAAAAACGAGGCCACUUUGACUACCAGUCCCUACUCGUGCGUUUGCAGGGAAUCCGGCAGAAGGUGCAGGAGAAACACCAGCAGGAGAGCACAGAAAUAGACUCUGAGAGCAGCUCCUCUGAGACAGAGACAGACACUCAGGGUUGCUCUAAAGCUUAGAGCUGUGUUCCCAGUGGAGAGGCCAAGCCAUGGGGAUGUUCUGUCUUCACACCCUAGAGAACCCCUGACAGACUGGACAACCAAACCCAUGCCAGAGUGGAGAAACCUCCAGGAUAUCUUGUGUCUCCUUGGGCUGCUCUGGUGGAUAAUGCUGAACGAGAAGACUUCAUGCUAGACAAAGCCAAGCUUGUGACAGGCUACUCUUAAAAGGUACUUAACUAUCCUAGAAAGCUGGAGCAUGUGGCAUCAGGUGAUCUCUUUUUUUUUUUUGAAACACCCACACUGGUUGGUUUUGGGGUUUUUUUUGUUUGUUUGGGUUUUUUUUUUUCUUCAUUUGAUUAAAGAAUAAGAUCUAGACUGAGAAUCCUCUUGACAGCUUUUCUGUUCCCAGCCAGUGAGCCCUUCCCUGGGGCUCUGCUGAACCUGGAGCUGGAGCUGUGGGAGCCCUUGGAGGCCAGAGGGUGAGAGGGACCCAGGCAGCCUGUGCCUGAGGUGAAACCUUUUGGUGUGGGAUGGGAGAGCUGGAGCCUCUCUGCUCUGUGGAGCCCACCUGCCUGUUGGCUUUCUUCUAGACACUGUUCUAGACAGACCAAAGAUAAAAGAGCAGUGGUGGAAUCUGGGCUCCUUGCUCAAAGCUUUACCCAAGCCCUGGGUGACUUGAUCCACUGAGACUCCAGGUGCAAAAGGGGCAGAUGAAAAGUGGAAACUCCAGGAUUCAAGUGCAGGAAUGUUCAUCCUGGUGUUUUGGGGAAGGGAGGGUGAGGAAAAAAUCUUUGGUCAGAGAUGGGGGGAGCACUUAAAAAUUAAGUCUAGUUUGUGUAUUAUUUUUUUGAAGGAGUUGAUUUGAAUUUAGCAUUCUAGAGAGACUUUAUCCUGGCUGCUCUGAGCAGAGCUGUUUUGUUUCCUUCACUGAAGAACUCUGAGCUUUCCACCUCUGUACUCACUGGAGUAUUUUUAUUCUCCUCCCUUCCCCUUCCUGCCUCCUCACUCCCUGCUGCUGCCUUGAUCCAGCAGAUGGAAGCACUGGAACAAGGGGCAAUUCUGGCCGAGGCAGCCACUGUUUCUGGGUGAAGCUCUUCAGGGGUGGCCACCUUGUCAGUGACAAAAUCCCUUUGCCAAACUUGGCCUCAGCUGAGGGUUGUGAAGUUCCACACUUGGGUGUUUUGAAGGAUUCCAAGAGCAGCUUUUCUUGGCCUCUGGGGGAGGUGGCUGUGAGUGCCACCACCCUGGAGAUGCAUCUAAAGUUUGCUGGAGGUGAAACACCCAGUUUCUCCAGGUACAUGAGCCUGGGGAUGAUUGAUUGGAGCAGUUGUGUUGAUGAAAAAGCUUAACCUACUUUUUUUUUUUUUUUAAUUAUUAUUUUUUCUUUUGGUAAUGAUUAUUUGUAUGGGAGCUUUGCUAGAAAGCUAAGCACAAAGUUGCACAUUGUCCUUGGCCCUCUCCUUGUUUCUUUCCACACCUUCCCACCAGCUGGGCCUGGUUUCAGCCUCCUGAGGGUGGUGGGAGAACUUCCAAGGCAGUCAUCCCUGUUCUAAAACAAGCUGAGGGGCCACAAGCCCCCUGCUGUGUGCUGCCCAGAAGGGCACUGGGCUUCUUUUUUCAGUCUCUGGGGGUUUGAUUUCUAUCACCUCCUGCAGACCUCCAAGCCUGCACACCUCUGGAAGGUGGGAACAUUGCUGAAUUGUGGGGAAUUUCUGACUUCAGGUGCCAUGGAACAACUCGGGAACCUUUUGUUCCCUUUAGCAACCCCCCCCUGGUCUGUCAUUGGCUUAAUUUAGGCUUUCACCUCUGUCUCCCCUCCAGGGAAAACUGAACAGCCCCAGGACCCACACCCCCUAGAUGAGAGCUGAGAGCUGCUCACCUGGCCCUGGGCUCUCGGGGUGAGGUGGGGGGGGUUGUCCCCACAGGUCCUGAGCUCUCUCCUCCUCCAAGUCCCACUGUAAAUGUCACCUUGUUUGUCCCCUUGUCGUGGGCAGAGCUGUGGCUCUGCUGCCUCCCCCGGGCAGGGCUGGCUCUGACAUCUCUUUGUGCUGCAUGUGGCGUUCCCACCCACCACCAGAACAGGAAGAUGCCUUAUUGUGGACACUACUCACAUCACGAGCAUGUGGCUGUCAGAGAGAAGUGUUAGUUUUAUAGCUCUAAUAUUGUCUGUCCUGCCAUUUCUGAAUGUUUCCAUUUCCAAGUGACAAUCCUCAACUGACUGCUCUAGGCAGAUGUUUUAGAUUUUUAGACCCAAUUGAGUUGAAAAUAUAUGCACAAGAGUCACUCUUAAGAUACCUUGUUUAUAUACUAUUGUACAUAAGAUUUUCUCCUUUGUUUUGUUUUUGGGUUUGUUUUUUUUUUUUGGUUUGUUUUUUUUUUUGUGCAAUAAAGUUUGUUUUGGCAGAAUCCA